AUGGCUUGCGCUCCUACUGCAGUCAGACGGAUGUAUUGCUUAGUAUACCAACGCGCGCCGCUUCUCAAACGAGGUUGGUGUUUUCAAGAACGACUUCUAGCUCGUCGAACCUUCCACUGGUCUAGAAACGGCGUGUUCUGGAUCUGUGUCGGCGAUAAGGCAGCCAGAUCCGAGUUCUCUAGCCGAUAUGACACUUUUUCAACUGAUCCCAGAAUUUCUAACUCGGGCAUUUUCCACGGCAUUUCCGUUCCAGGGGAAUUAAAGCAGCCCUGGAGUCCAUGGAUGCAUUACGUACAAGAGUAUAGUUCUAAGGGCCUCUCAUUCGCGACAGAUCGUCUCGUCGCUGUCCAUGGACUUGGAACCCGGCUUGCGACCCUAGGCGGGGAUGAGUACUUUGGCGGGAUAUUCGGCGGCCAUAUUUCUUGGGGGCUGAUAUGGCAGGCUGAUCCAGAAGAUGACGCCCGGAAGAAGUUGGAUUGCUUCCCAAGCUGGUCGUGGACAUCUUGCCAAUCUGAUCGCGCCGUUACUAUUGCUGGCCAGUCUAAACCUUGGGUGGAGUGCGUUAGGUUGGAAGGGUUCCCAGCUUUCCAAAACCCUCUCGACUUUCAAGGUCUUGAAAAGAGGACGCUCCAUGUUAAUGCUCCGCUUCUGAAAUUCGAGCCUUGCCAGUAUCGGCGAGAUAGCAACAUCCCGUACGAGUUUGAAACCGCAGGGGUACAGUUCAGCGCCUUUUUCACUUAUGAUGCACCGGAACUGGAACCGACUGAUCAUAGUGAUCUUUUCAUUCUCCUCAUUCUUCUCGGAAGUGAUCAGAAGGGUAUCUUACUUCGUGCUAAAGGGAGUAUGUAUGAGCGUGUCGGCUAUACUUCACUUCUUUACGUGGCUGGAUUCAAGGGAUUUCAACGACUGAGCUUUUGGGAUAACUUCCAGAUACGCAGCCAUUCAAUGAAGCCUGGUUUUCAAUAUGCAAUUGAAGUGCUAUUCCUGAGUGUUGUAACCAGGCGCAUAAUGUGGUCCGCCACUACAAUCUCACUAACUACAGUCCAUCACGCUCUAUCCAGCUCAUUCCAGGCCUCGCUAGUCAGCACUAUCACUUUUCCCAAACAGCUCGAUACCGUAUUUACUGCAAUUAAUAAUCCAUUAUGA